GAAUUUCUGGUACCAUUAACUUCACCAUAAAAAAACCUGCAAUCAUUUUCUCACCUAAAUUGAACACAUUUCAGAAUAUGAAAAGCCUACAUUAUUGAUUGUAUUUACACAGUUAGGUCAUCACAUCUAUAAACUGUCCCUUACACAUAUUGUAUUGAUAGACACAUUUGUAAAAAAAAAAAAAUCCACUUAUUAUUUUGAUGUAUAUUUAAUUACAUGCUCUUUAUGCUACUUUGUGCUAAUGCAUUCACAUACAGUAUGGAUGUGUUCUGGAUUCUGAAAGUAUUUGCAUAGAUGUAUGAAAUAUAAUCUUUAGUUUUGACAUUUCCCAUUGUCUAUGUGGAAGCGGACAGUGACCAGGAGACCUGCUGUAUAAGCAGUGAUAGGGCAUUUCCUAAUGUGUUUGCACAGGGGCCAAAGGAGAAAGCGGCUCUGACGCAGAAGGGCCCAUUGCCUGCUGCCUUCUUUACAAUGGAAGGCCCCAACACCAAACACAGUCCUAAAUGUCACAAAGACGCCACUCUAUGAUAAGGAGGAUUUGUCCAGACUGGUCAUUGCCAAGGCAGGUCUCUAGCCCACACUUGAUUUAAAAGGCUUGACAGCACCUGCAUGAUGGUAGAGACGUCGAGGCCCGACUUUGCAGCAACAGUACGCAAUAGACAUCACAAACUCGACAAGCCUUCUCAUUGUAGGGGCGCAUUAGAACAACAAGUGUGUGUAUUGCAUUGAUGAUAUAAGUCAUCUAUUUAAUAACAAGACAAUUAAACUCUGUACUGGACCGUACCUUUUGCGUGUAAAAGCCUAAAAAAGCUUGAGCUGCAAUUGUACAGCAACCAAGACAAAGCCAAGAUGCAGAAAGGAUGCAUGCUGAAAUUGAUGGCAUUAGUAGCACUUUUGAUUUUAGCUCCAGCUUUGGAUGCUGCACCGAUAACUUCAGAAACAACAGAACAUCAACAGGCAUCAUUACAAGGUGACAAGAAACUGAUAGAUCCUUGGACGAGUGGCCCAUACAUCCAUGAUAUGACUACAUAUUUUGACAAACAGGAAAUGGCAGUUCCUGUUGGACCUUCAGGUAGCUUAGACAAAGCCACAAGCAGUCCACAUUAUCUGGACAAAAUACUGGCAGCAUCUAAUAGUCAAGGUGGGACACUGAGGAUCGCUUCACUUCCAGUUGAUUCUGAUCGGUUAGAAAACACAUUUUCAGCAAACAGCCAAUUGGAUAGUCAUCUUAACCUGGGCUCUGUAAUGGAUGAUCCUGAAAUAGAGAAGUAUACUACAAUGCAAGAGAGCAGUGUUCAAAAACCACUGACUGUUAAUUCAAAUAAAGCAAGCCAGACUUUGUUAGGGACCAAAGGUGGUACGAUAAAUUCAGCUAGCAGCACACCAGAUGGACGAGAGAAAAUUCUACAUAUGCUGAUUGCCCUUGAGGAGCUUCAAAAGACACUGAACAGCCAUCUUACCAUCAUAACAAGAGGUAAUAGCAACAGUCGGAGUUCAGGAAAAAAGAAUAAAUUGAUCCCAGAGCGCAACCUGAAAUCAACUACAGUGUCAUCUGUGUUCAGCAAAGGAGCUUUAACAAGGGCCAUCACUGAUCAAAUGGACCCCAAACUCCUGAAUGGAAACUCAUUUAAAAAGUCUUUGCCAUCAACUCCAAAGAAAACUAACAAGAGAGGUGAGUUGCAAUUAAACAGGAAAAACUCAAUGUACCCCACAUAUCCCAUUCCUUUUCUGUUAAAGCAAUACUAUAAAAUAUAUCAAAUUCUAACAUUUUAUUAACAAUUGUUUUUUUACAGUCUGCUUCUGGAAAUACUGCUCUCAGAAUUAAGCAUUUCUGACACUUUAUACAUCACUUUUUAACAUGACCCCUGCUGAUCGGCAAGCAAAUCUAAGGCCACUUCUAAAUGACACUUCAACAACAUACUUAACAUGACUUACCC